UCCAAUGACGGCUGUUGGUGAUUCCUGCUAACUGGCAGUUGGAGACCUGUCUGGGCAGAAAAAUGCGGAUGACCUUGGAGUACAUGCUAUAGCAAUUGGAUCUAGAGCUCCGUCUAGUCAGCAAAUGUUGGAUAGACCGGCAAAAAGUGUUCAAGCUAUGGCAGAAACGAGCGCCGAUGGCAAAGAUAUCGCCAGGGUCACUGGAAAAUUGCACAGCAUACUGGUUCAGUGUCUGGGAAUCCAACCUCUCGGGGUAUUUCUUUGCGACAACUACAAUCCCUACCAAGCUAAAAGUAACAUUGCAGUGCUGCUGUUCCUACGGCCUACCGGGAUCGCUGGUUGUCUCCUUGUCUGUUGCUCUAUAUACUGGCCACGAAUCGGGCGAAAACCUGAUCUGUUCCCACCAAACAAGACCAUUUCCCCUGGCGUCGACGACGUCUAUAGUGUGUCUGGACUUCAAUCGUUCUUUUCUUUCUAUAUUGACCUGAGGGACUUCACCUAUUCUGAGCAGUAGAUUGCUCAUCCGAAGCGGGCGCGUUGGUGAACUGUCUGGUGAGCUGGGUUCUGAACAUGGAAGUUCGGCCCAAGCGCUGGAGAAAACGAAUGUUUAAGAAUCCCAGGUACGCAUUGGCCACGAAAGCGCCGAUUAGUGUGAUUUGAAGGGCUUUAUCCCGCUCGUAAUCUUGAAAUA